UACGUUGUUGGAGUUGAAUAUUGUUCGGCGACUAUAGAGAUCUAUGGAUCUUCUCCGCUGAAGAGCGCAGUAAAAGGAGUAUCAAGUGUCGUGAGUAAAGCGGCAUCUGCUUUAAAAGACACAUUUGUGCCUACGCUGAACCAUCGCAUUGUGACGGACGUGAAAGAUGGAGGUCACAGGCUUGCUGAGAUUUUCGAAGAUAGAAAUGGUUCCGGCCCGGUUACGUGUAAUCUUCUGGGUGACAGGUACUAAAUGGUGUGGUGCCGGAGACAUUGCCAAGAACUACAACGAUUUGGGCAUCAUCAGAGAGAUCGAUAUGUGCUGUCGCGAUCACGAUCACGCCAAUGACAGCAUACCGGCUUUCGAUACCAAGCAUGGAAUUGUAAAUUUUAGGUUCUAUACGAUGACCAACUGUGACGACGACGACCGAUUCUUUAAGUGCCUCGUGAAAGCCAGCAAUGUAGUGACGGCAUCCGUCGGCAUAGCUUACUUCGACGUUCUCAAGACCAAGUGCUUCAAAUACGGCCAUCCUUUAAAAUGCACCGGUUUCAAUCCGUUUCGCAUGCUGCUUCUUCGCUCGCCUUGCAACAGCAAGGAAGAAGACACGUCCGAACCUAAGAGAUGGAGUGUCGAAAAUCCGGCCAAUUUUUUCGAGGCUUUCGUUAACAGCAAAAAGAACGCUCUAAUGGAUGCGCUCUCGGGGCAAGAAGACGAUGACGCUGACUAUUAAAGCUGCUGCUGAUCCAGCCAAAUGAACCACAUACCAAAAUAGGCAUAGGAUUGCUAUAUCAAGCAAGACUUAAAUGUAGAAACAUC